AUGACUAAUGAAUGUUGUGCCUGCAAUGCAAGUGUACUUGUCACCCAGAAAAGAAUAAAAUGUGUUAAAUGCCAGGCUCAAUAUCAUUUAGAGUGUAUAACAUCCUUUGGUAACAAGCCUAUAGUAACGCGAGGACAGUGGACAUGUCCAAAUUGCCAUAAUAAUAAUCGGAACAAUAUUAAUAAAGGGCCAUCCCCGCCACUGGCGAACACAAGCAAAGAUAAUUUCGAUAACCAUAGCGACUGGCUAGCUGCAAUAAGGAACGAAGUAAAAGAGGUACUAUCUCAAACAGUCAGCUUAGAAUUAAAAAGCAUACGUGAGGAACUAACUGGUUUGCAAAGUAUUAAACAAUCUUUAGAGUAUUUAUCUAGUCAUUUUGAUUCAAUUAAGCAAGAGUUGGAGGAGGCUAAAAAGGAAAUAACAAGCUUAAAAAAGGACAAUUACGAUCUUCGUCAGGUGUUAAAUUCCCAAAAUAACACAAUUAAUAAUCUGGAGAGAGAAAUAAGAGCUACUAAUCUAGAGUUACAUUGUGUGCCAGAACAUAGGAGUGAAAAUUUAGUCACAACAAUUGAGCAGAUCGGAAGAGUAAUAAAUGUACCAUUAACAGAAGGUGCAAUUUCUAAGUGUACACGCAUAGCUAAAAUUAAUAAAGAGACAUCACGUCCGAGAUCGGUUCUAGUAAAAUUUAGCAAUCCUUUACUGCGAGAUAGUUUCCUAGCAGGUGUGAUAAAAUUUAAUAAGAGUAAUCCGGAUAGUAAAUUAAAUACAUCACAUCUUGGCAUUUCUGGGGAUAAGAAGCCAGUGUAUAUAUCGGAACAUUUAACUUCAACGGCAAAGGAUAUUUACGCUGCGACACGAAUUUUCGCAAAAGAAAAACAGUAUCGGUUUGUGUGGUCACGUAACGUCUAUAUUCCAUCGCCUUUAAAGUGUGAUGUACUUGAAGGUUACAUUAAUAAUGUGGAGAAAAUUAUAAACGAACAAUCCUGUACCAUUCUGAUAGGAGACUUUAAUAUACCAGCAAUUCAUUGGACUUACAAAGAGUUUAACCAUAAAAAACUUACCCCAGAUAAUAACAGCACAGUGGGCGCAUUAAUAAAUGACUUUAUGGCAGUAACAAAUUUAUCUCAACAUAAUGGUAUAUGUAAUUCAUAUGGAAAAAUUUUAGACCUAGUUUUUAGCAAUUGUAACAACAUAAGUACAGAAUAUAGUUCAUUUUCUGCAUGUCCAAUAGACAAAUAUCAUCCACCUUUAGAAAUUAAUUACGAAACUUAUUGUAAGGAUACCUUACUAAGUCCCAGCACAAUGGUGAAAUACAAAUUUAUAAGUGCUGAUUAUAAUAUAAUUAAUGCAAAAUUAGCAGAAUUAAAUUGGGAGCAACUAUUUCAAAACUGUGUCAAUGUAAAUGAAAUGACAGAAAUUUUCUAUAAUGAGAUACGCAAAGUUAUUGAAAGGUGUAUUCCAAAAAGAAGUGUCAGGAAUAAAACUUUUUAUCCUGUGUGGUACUCUAACAGCUUAAUUAAAAGACUAGCUGAGAAAAAUAAAUAUAGAAUACGUUGUAAGAAAUAUAAAAACCCAUUAGAUGAAAUUGAAUUUAAAUUGCUUCGAGACAGGUUCCGUGAACUAAGAGGUCAGAACGCUUGGUGGAAACCAUGGGGUGCGGUGUGCUUCAAAGUCACU